CCAGCAGCAAGGGGUCCCCAAGCUCCCUGGGUGCGUGCACUUGGCACGCGCCCUUUCUUCGCUCACGCGUUCCAACGCGGCGUCACAGGCGACACACCCCACAGUGCGCGCUUUGCUUUGGGCUCCUUCGGCAGCUAACGGAAACUUCUCUGAGCCAUUGACUUUAUUGGAAGGACCCGACCUUGCAGAAGUUCCCCUUAUGGGCAGUUACCUGAGCCGGGCUAGCCCUGGCCAGCCGUCCCCCACUCUGAGCGACCAGGACUGUCCUUCUAGACCUGGUCGCCGGGGAGCCUCGCUGUUUCCUCGCCGUGUUCCCUCAGUUUUCCGGGUUCACUCAGUGGCUCCGUCCCUGAACCUGACUCACAAGCUAUCCUAUGAGGAUCUUGUGGCUUCACCCCGUCGUCAGCACCGCCGGCAGCUUGUCAUUCACCAUAGGCAGCGAUACCCAAUCCAGCAGGCUCGGUGUCUGUUUUUGAGGAUUUUUUCUUCUGCGUCUUCUGAAAAGAAGAAACCAUUGCUGUCUGUUUCCAGCUCCAGAAUGUCUUGCCCUUCAAUGAUAAUGAAGUUGGUGUCUGCUAAGGGUAAACUCACGCUUCGUUUGGCUCUAGAGCAGUCAGUCUUGACUAUAUGGUCCUCACUGACUGGCCAUUUCUCAAUCCCAUAUGCAAAGAAGACCCCUACGGGACCUCUAGAAGAAAGCAGUCAAGUAAAAGCCAAGGAAGAGAAAGACCUGACCACCCUGGGAGAGGAAGGACUUGGGAAGGAGGAGGACCACCACACAGUCCAGGAAAAGCAGGAUAAUCAGAAAAGGGGAUCUGAAGCCAGUGAGACUGGACAGUCAGCAUUUAGGUGCCUGCGGGUCAACGGAGUGCUCUCUUCCUUUGUGCCCAGGCCUGGGCCUCUGAAGAGAGAUAUUUGUUACAAGAGCUCAGUAAACAGCCUGAUUAGGAAAUCCCAGACCUCCAUAAUGUCAUGCAAGAAGCGCAAUGCUAUCACCAGUUCCUACAGUUCCACUCAGGGUUUCCAACUACCACAGAAGAGGAAGGGUGCAAGCACAGCUGGAUUCCCCAGCUCAGUCUCAUCGAAUUUCCAAGCACCUGCAAAUAAAGCUGGUGAUGAAGGCCGUGAGGCUAGAUCUUCAACCUCAAUGGUACCACAGAAGCAAAUCAAGCAUGAAAAGUCUGUAGAGGUUCCUUUGGACAAGCAGGAAAAUCUGAAGAUUCGCUCACCAUCACUUAAUUUUUCUGGGCCUAAGAAACGCAAAAUCCCUCUUUUGCUGCCCUACAGGAAAAAUGACCCACUGAUCCUGCCCCCACCCCUGGAGCUAGGUUAUCCAGUUACAGCUGAAGUCCUUGACUUAGAGAAGAGAGCUGCAAUGCAGUGGAUCAACAAGGUCUUGAAGGAUGAUGAAGCUAAGACCCAGAGGAAUUAAAUGACUUGAGGUCAGCCACAUGACUCAUCUGCAUAAGAGCUGACCUGUGAACCUGAGUACCCAACCCGUACAUGUAAUGCAAUAUCACUUUCAAUGUAGGGUCAUUUUGAUACUUAAAUAAACACAAUCGUCUAAAGUA